CCGACUGAGCCACCCAGGCGCCCCUGGGAACCUUGGGGCAGGCGGCCCAUGGAGACCGGGCUGCUGCGGCCGGCGCCGGUGAGCGAGGUCAUCGUCCUGCAUUACAACUACACAGGCAAGCUCCGCGGUGCGCGCUACCAGCCGGGCGCUGGGCUGCGCGCCGACGCCGUCGUGUGCCUGGCCGUGUGCGCGCUCAUCGUGCUCGAGAACUUGGCGGUGCUGGUCGUGCUGGGGCGCCACCCGCGCUUCCACGCGCCCAUGUUCCUGCUCCUGGGCAGCCUGACUCUGUCCGACCUGCUGGCGGGCGCGGCCUACGCCGCCAACAUCCUGCUGUCGGGGCCUCUCACGCUGCACUUGUCGCCCACGCUCUGGUUCUUUCGGGAGGGGGGCGUCUUCGUGGCGCUCGCCGCGUCCGUGCUGAGUCUCCUGGCCAUCGCGCUGGAGCGCCGCCUCACCAUGGCCCGCCGGGGACCGGCCCCGGCUUCCCGUCGGGGACGCACGCUGGCGCUGGCGGCCGCCGCCUGGGGCGCGUCGCUGCUGCUCGGACUCCUGCCGAUGCUCGUCGUUGGCUCUGUCUUCCUGUCGCUCUCCCACGCCUCUCCCAGGCCUCUGCUCCUCCAGCUGGCCCCACACCCCUGCUCCCAGUUUCCAGGAGCUUCCGGCCAGGCCCAGCUCUCGCAUCCUCAAACCAGAGGCUACAGGCGGCAAGGGGGUUGGUCCUGGUGGCCACAGACCUUCACCAGGAUGGUGCCCUUUGGCCUCUCGGGCUCUGCCACCAGCGGGUGGGACUGGGACCCUGACUUCUCCUGGACGCCUCUGGGCUUCCGCCUCGACCCGCCAUUCCAGACCUGUGCUCCCUAG